AUGAAAGAAAAGUUCUUCGACGGCAGAAUCUUAGAAUCUGAAUCUGAUUUACAUUUCCAGGUGAAAAUACUUCUGUUAGGUUCCGGUGAAUCUGGAAAAUCCACUUUCAUCAAACAAAUGAACAUCAUACAUGGAGCUGGAGAAUUUACUGCAGAUGAGGUUCGAGCAUAUCGUCAGCAGAUUUAUCAGAACGUCAUCUCUGCUAUGAGAGUUCUCUUGGAUGCAAGAAGCAAGUUAAAUAUACCAUGGGAAAAACCGGAAAGGGAAAAGAAUGUUCCUGAAAUCAUGAGAUUUACCGUAUCCGAUCUUCUCAAAGGAAUCGACUUCACGACCUUCGUUGAUAUCUCUUCAAUUAUCGAAGACUUCUGGGAUGAUGCCGCAGUCAAACAAACUUAUGAAAAACGGAACUUAUUCCAAAUUAGUGAUUCCUGUCAGUACUUUUUCGAUCAUAUUAAUCGGAUUUCAAUGCCAAACUUCUUACCGACGAAUAAGGAUAUAUUAUACUGCAGAAAAGCGACGCGAGGAAUCUGUGAACACACUUUCGAAAUCAACAAAAUUCCAUUCAGGUUCAUUGAUGUAGGAGGACAGCGAUCUCAGCGGCAAAAGUGGUUUCAGUGUUUCACUGAUAUUACUAGUAUACUGUUCAUGGUAGCCUCUAAUGAAUAUGAUCAGGUAAUUCUCGAAGAUCGACGAACGAAUCGAGUUGUCGAAUCACGAUCAGUAUUCGAAACUAUCGUCAACAACAGGGCCUUCUCGAACGUUUCCAUUAUACUCUUCAUGAAUAAGAGUGAUCUUUUGAAAGAGAAAGUGCCGAAGUCGGAUAUUCGGCAAUAUUUUUCCGACUUCACAGGAGAUCACCUGAACGUACGAGAUGUACAAUUCUUUCUUGUCGACAAGUUUGAAACAUCACGGAAAGAUCGUGCACGGCCAUUUUUCUACCACUAUACAACUGCCAUUGAUACAGAAAAUAUACGACGAGUGUUUAUAGAUGUAAGGGACACGAUAUUACAGCAAAAUCUCAAGUCUCUAAUGAUGCAAUGA